UCAGUUGUCACUGGCUAUAUGACAGGUGUCAGCAUAGCUGGCAGUCAGUCCAUAUUUUUGGAUAUAUACCAGUGAUCUUCAUAUACCGCACAAAAAUGAUGGAAUCCAGGUCCAUAAAAAAAACUCUUCAGUGGCCCAGAGAAGAUCUUGCAGGAAGCUCCAUUCUAAGUGUGGAGAAAGCAUGUAUCCUGCAAUCUGCAAAGAACAUCCAAGAAUUGCCUAGGAGCAUCAGGCAGAACACAUCUGGAGCAAGACCAAUCCAACGCAGCAGCUUCCUUCCUCAGCUUACAGCUCCCUCAUGUAACACUUCUUUAUGUGCAAGCAGGAGCAGGCCUAGUGAUAGCUGUGCGUCUAGAGAGGCCAGUAGUCCUAAACCACAGAUCUGCUCAGUAAAUGGAAAUAGGAUAGUAUUGGCAAACAAACCUAAAGCCAAUCUAAAGAAGAACGACUUACUAAAUUCAAUAAGAGGAAAGGAAGAAGACAUCUCAGAGAAAAAAGAAAAAGACAUACCAGGAAAAACAAAAUGUGUCUUAAGUUCCCUGAGGCCCAUAAACAUUGCUCAGGAAAAAUCUAGAUUUUUCAGUUCAUCUUUUACACACAAUCCCCAGUUUAAAUAUGAAAAUCCUGCAUUGUCGGAUGAUUUGGGAAAGCGCAGCAUUGCCUCCAACAGAUUCCUGAAACAGGCAAUUGAUAUCAUGCAGAGAGCAAUUAAUAAAUAUGGCAGCUAUGAAAAAUAUGAAAAAGCAACUGGAGGAAGUCUCCUGUCAAAAAGCCAAAUAUUGCUCCAAGCUGAAAAAUAUAUGGAGAAAGAAGGUUGUCUGGGUGAGAUUGCUGUCCACCUUACAGAUGACAUGAUUUGUCAAGCGUCUAUGUCAGAGGUCAAGGGUCGGCCAACAAUGACCAUUAAUGUGUCUGUUGCCCGGGAAAAGUGGCUGGAAGGGACACUUAGACAUGAAAUAGGAACCCAUUAUUACCGUAUGGCAAACAACAAGCAACAGCCAUGGUAUAACAGCCGCGGGCGUGAACAAUAUGGUCUAAAGCCCAGCAAUCCCACUGAGGAAGGCCUGGCAAGCCUCCACAGUGUCCUGACUAACAAAAACCCUUUCCUGUGGAGAGCUGCACUGCUUUAUUAUACAGUUUACCAAGCCAGCCAGAUGUCAUUCAGUGAGCUGUUCAAGGACUUGGCUCAGUUCGUGGAAGACCCGAACACAAGAUGGCACUACUGUAUGCGUGCGAAGAGAGGCUGCACUGACACAUCCCAGCCAGGUUGCUGCAGCAAAGAUCAGGUGUACCUUGAUGGUAUUUUACAUAUUCUGAGGCACAGGGACACCAUCGACUUCCGCCUACUAACGUGCAUGGGCCAGGUAUCCUAUGAAGAUAUACACCGUUUAAAGCAGUUUGCAGUCUUUCCCAAUGCUAAAAUUCCUCAGUUCUUAAAAAGUCAAGUACAGUACAAGAAACAUCUGAUGAACAUCAUGAAAGUGAAUGGCCUGACAGACAAGAAGCUGAGGAAGCUUAUCAAGUGACCACACCACUGAUUACAGUUGAACUCCAUUGCAGACCAGGAGAAUGUGGAUGUGGUUACAAGUUUUCUGCCUAAGAAGGUGUUUCAGCCUCACUAUGCGACUCUCAGGCUACAGCCCCAAAAGAGGACUCUCGGGCCACAGCCCCAAGAGGGGACUCUCAGGCCACUGCCACAAGAGAGGAGACUCCCAGGCCAAAGCCUCAAGAGGGGACUUUUGGGACACAGCCCUAGGAGUAGACAUUUGGGCCACAGCCCCAGGAGUGGAUGUUUGGGCCACAGCUCCUGGAGAGGACUUUUGGGCCACUGCUCCUGAACAGGACUUUUGUCUCACAGCCCCAGUAAGGGAUGUUUGGGCCACAGCCCCAGGAGUGGAUGUUUGGGUCACAGCUCCUAGAGAGGACUUUUAGGCCACAGCUCCUAGAGAGGACUUUUGGGCCACAGCUCCUGGAGAGGACUAAUUGGCCACUGCCCCAGGAAAGGACUUUUGGGCCACAGCUCCUGGAGAGGACUUUUGGGCCACAGCUCCUAGAGAGGACUUUUGGGCCAACAGCCACAGGAAGGGGCGUUUGGGCCACAGCCCCAGGAGUGGAUGUUUGGGUCACAGCUCCUAGAGAGGACUUUUAGGCCACAGCUCCUAGAGAGGACUUUUGGGCCACAGCUCCUGGAGAGGACUAAUUGGCCACUGCCCCAGGAAAGGACUUUUGGGCCACAGCUCCUGGAGAGGACUUUUGGGCCACAGUUCCUGGAGAGGACUUUUGGCCCCCAGCCCCAGGAAGGGACGUUUGGGUCACAGCCCCAGGAGUGGAUGUUUUGGCCACAGCUCCUAGAGAGGACUUUUGGGCCACAGCUCCUGGAGAGGACUUUUGGCCCACAGCCCCAGGAAGGAACAUUCGGGCCACAGCCCCAGAAGUGGAUGUUUUGGCCACAGCUCCUAGAGAGGACUUUUGGGCCACAACUCCUGGAGAGGACUAAUAGGCCACAGCCCCACUAGAGCACUCUUAGGCCACAGCCCCAGUAGGGGACUUUUUGGAAUCAGAAACACAUGUGGAAUUCUGGCAGACACAUUUGUUUUUUUAAAUUGACAACCAACAUCUUGUCAACAUAUAAUUUAAUUAAUACAUAAUAGAAAUGCAAAGUGUUACAUACUCCUUAUGGUUUGUAUAACAUUUAUACAGGUUUUUCUGGUGAUUGCAUAAUAAUCUGCCUUUUACAAUUGAUAAUAUUGUAAGUGUUGUAGCAAAAAAAUAAGGUGUACUUAUUUCAAGACUGACUUUAUAUUUCAUGAUCGGUAAUCAUAGUUUUAGAAUAGAUAGAUUGGGCAGGAUGUGACUCUGACAUACACACUGGUAAAAUUGCUAAUGCACAACUUUUUUAUUUUACUGAAGUGUACUAUCUGGUAAGCAAGCAAAUACA